AUGGCCAGAAAUGGAGUUGAUAUUGGAAAGGGCAGCUAUGGAUCGGUUCGUUUGCAAGAUUGCGGGAAAAUUGUGAUCAAAUACCCGUUGUCUCCCGAUGAGCGAACGAAAACACUAUUCAAAAGGGAAUGCCAAAUUCUCGAGCCCCUGGAUCACCCGAACAUUGUCAAGUAUCUUGGAAUUCAAGAUAAAGAUCAGAAAGGGGAAGAGAAAUUCGGCAUUACGAUGGAGUAUUGUGAACGAGGAGACUUAGAAGAAGUAAUCUUUGAUCCGAAGAUGACCUAUUCGAUGAAAUGGAUUCUUAGUGGGGCAAGUCAGUUAUUCGAUGCCCUAGCCUAUCUAUCGGAGAGGAAACUAACCCAUCGUGAUAUCAAGCCAAGCAACAUUUUUCUCAAAGAAGACUUCUCGCUGAAACUUGGCGACUUCGGCUGUGUAACGCUUGUUGCCGAUUCAACAGCAUCAGGAACAUUUAAUCGCGGAACGUUGCGUUAUUUGAGCCCACCACAAUAUGAUAUCGCGAAAGAGAACCCGAACGAUGAUCAACGAAUGAUUUCGCCCAAAAACGAUAUCUACAGUCUCGGUUUAACGUUAUGGGAAAUGGUUUUAAGAGAG